AUGGUGUACAAAGGACGUGUGCGCGCUGAUAAACUUGAACAAGCUAUUGAUCUACGAAUGACUAAACAUCUUUCAUUCAGGAAAAUUGCUUCAGAAUUAAACAUAUCCCCUUCAACUGCCGGCCGUGUAGUAAAGAAAUUUUUAUUACCAACACCGCCGACGCAGAAGGUUAAGCGCAAAUUGGGUCGGCCACUUGGUUUAACAGCGCAAGACAAGUCAAAACUUGAGGAGGCUUUAUUCAUGCUACGCAAGAAACAUAUCAAGUAUACAGUGAGGAAAGUGAUUGAAACUAGUGGACUUUGUUCAACAAAAGUUAGUUACAGAACAUUUUCAAGAUAUAUACACGCGAUUGUAAAGACAUUGCCUGAACAAUCAACGUACUGUCAAUGCAAGUCUAGAGCUAAUCAUAUUCGAGUGAAAAUAGAACCGCAACAGUAA